AUGGAUUCCGCCUACGAUCACAUCCAGGAGGAGAGCUACCCCACCAAGCAGUCGGGCGCCGGAGACAGCACCCACCAGGAGACGGCCGCCAACUUCAACACCGAGUUCCAAGAUGCAUACAAGGCCAUUUCCAGCAGUCCCUGGGCCGCCAGGCUGGGAGGCUUCUUGGGCAGCGUGAAGAAGCAGGGCGAGCAGUACUACGAUAAUGCGAGCAAGCAAUAUGCGCCCUUGACCAAGAACGCCACAGCGAGUGUCUCCAACAUCAUCAGCCAUGCCCGAAAGAUUUCCCUUCAGCCCGCCGAGGCGUCGGCCUCCAAGUCCGCCCCUUCCGACCAAGACGCUCCCGCCGAGAAGCCCAAGGAAGACAUAGAGGCACACCCAGACCGUCCCGAGUCUCUGGCUGCGGAUAUCGUCAAAGAGGCAGAGGGCAUGCUGUCGCGCUUCCGCUCCGAAGCCGCCAAGCGCCUCAAGGACGUGGAAAAGGCCGAAGACGCUGCAGAUGAAGCGCUGCUCAAGUUUGGUACAAACAUCCGCAACUUCCUCCGCGAUGCCGUCACCAUUGCCCCGCCCGAGUCGGGCUCGGAAGCUGCCAAGAAUGGCGAUGUUCUCUUCGAGUCCAAAGAUAGCAGCGGUAAAAAGGUCGUCCAUGCUACGCGCUUCGACGCCCAACUCCACGUCAUCCACUCGACCCUCGACUCUUUCCUCAAAGACCCCGCUAGCCCAGAGUGGGAGAAUUGGCAGAGCUCGUUUGACGUGGACAAGAAGACGGAUGCCAUUGCCAAAGAUUUGGAGAAAGCUGAUAUUACACUUAGAUUCGAUUAUCAUUUUGAAAGUUUAUCGCCUUGUCCUCCAGCAGGGCGGGUCGAAGCCGCAUCGUGGCACGGCGCGCGGCUUCAGGCCCAUUGCGCCCAUCUGCCCUGGACAAUGCUCCCACCCACGUCUUCGCUACUUAGCCAGCGCCUCUGCCAUGUAUGA